AUGUCUCAAGGUGGGUAUCCUCCUCCAGACCGACGACAGUAUAGCGGUUACCCUCCAAGUUCAGAGCCAACACAGCAAGUUUACCCUCAAUUCCCGGGCCAAGAACAACAACCACAGCAAGGUUAUCCACCGACAUUACCAACCGCGUCUUUUUUAAACACUGACCCAUCUGCACAACCUUUGCUACCUUCAACUUCUAGUGGUGGUGGUUCGGUUUCGUUUGCACCAGACCCAGAACAACUUUCAAAACAUUAUGGUCAAGCUCCUGUUCGUCAACCACGUCGUUACAAAACGACCAAACGCGUUGAACUUUUCCAAGGAAAUUUAGUUUUAGAUUGUCCUGUGCCCACAAAGCUUUUACAAAUUGUUCCUAGAAAGGAUGAUAGAGAAUUCACUCAUAUGAGGUAUACUGGUUGUACUUCCGACCCUGACAACUUUAAGAAGGAUCGAUAUACGCUUCGUCAACAACUUUAUGAUCCUCCUAGACCAACCGAGCUGUUCAUUGUGCUAACUAUGUAUAACGAAGAUGAAAUUCUUUUUGCUCGUACUUUUCAUGGUGUUGUAAAAAACAUAGGUCAUCUUUGCUCUCGUGAUCGAUCCCGUGUUUGGGGUAAAGAUGGGUGGAAAAAAGUUGUAGUAUGUAUAGUAUCUGAUGGACGAAAAAAGAUUAAUCAACGUACUUUGUCUUAUUUGGCUGCUAUUGGUGUCUAUCAAGAUGGUGUAGCCAAAAACAAAGUUAACGAAAGAGAUGUUACUGCUCACAUUUUUGAAUACACCACCCAAAUUUCAAUUGAUCCUGAUAUGAAAUUCGUGGGUGCUGAUAAGGGUAUUGUCCCUGUUCAAGUUCUCUUUUGUCUAAAGGAAAAAAACGCGAAAAAGAUUAAUUCCCAUCGCUGGUUCUUUAACUCUUUUGGUCACAUACUUAAUCCAAAUGUUUGUGUCCUCCUUGAUGUUGGUACCAGACCUGGUGGCACCUCUAUUUAUCAUUUGUGGAAGGCUUUCGAUAUCAAUUCAAAUGUCGCAGGUGCUUGUGGUGAAAUUGUUGCUAUGAAGGGUAAAGGUGGUGUGAAUUUGUUAAAUCCCAUGGUAGCAGCUCAAAAUUUUGAAUACAAAAUGUCAAAUAUCUUGGAUAAACCCCUUGAAUCUGUCUUUGGAUAUAUCACUGUGCUACCAGGUGCCUUCUCAGCUUAUCGUUUCAUUGCUCUACAGAAUGAUCAAAACGGAAAUGGUCCAUUAGCUUCUUAUUUUAUGGGUGAGGCUCAACAUGGUGGUGAUGCUGAUAUUUUCACCGCCAAUAUGUAUCUCGCCGAGGAUCGUAUUCUUUGUUUUGAGUUAGUAGCGAAGCGUAAUUGUUCUUGGGUUUUGCAUUAUGUGAAAUCUGCUUAUGCUGAAACCGAUGUACCAGAUACUGUUCCUGAAUUGAUUUCACAAAGACGACGUUGGUUGAAUGGAUCCUUCUUCGCCGGUGUUUAUGCUAUUUGUCAUACUUUUGCCAUUUGGAGAAGUGACCAUUCCGCCAUUCGUAAAGUCUUAUUACACGUUGAAAUGUUUUACCAAGCUUACAAUUUAUUAUUUUCUUGGUCAAAAUGGGCAUAUAUAUUUUCAAUAGCAUUCUUUGCGGGUCUUAUGAUUUAUAUGUUGUUUGCGGCUUUUUGGCUUACUUAUAAAGGAGUUUCGAUUCAGAUGGGAAUUCUUGAAAAUGAGAAUCAAAUUACCGGAAAUAAUGUUAACACAGCUAGUGCUAUAAUUAACGAUUCAACUUUCCGGAACAUUAUUCUUUCCGUUAUUUCAACUUACGGGUUAUAUUUUACAGCCAGUUUUUUAUUCUUUGAACCUUGGCAUAUGUUUUCAAGUUUUAUACAAUAUUUGUUAUUGGUUCCAUUCUAUGUUAAUAUUUUGAACGUUUACGCAUUUUGUAAUGUACACGAUGUCAGCUGGGGAACUAAAGGUGACACGUCAGUAAAACAAGAUUUGGAUAUUAACUUCGCAUAUGAGGAAGCAUGUGGCGAAUUAUCGCGUCGCCCGGAAGAAGUAGUUCAGCAUCGUUCACAAUCCGAAAAACAAGAUGAUUAUUACAAGGCUUUCCGUACACAAGUCGUUUUAUUCUGGAUUCUUUCCAAUGCCGCGUUAGUUGCUGGUAUAACGAAUGCUAGUAAUUCAAUAAAUACAAUCUUUGCAGAACAAUACGAACGUAGCAAUAUUUAUAUGGCAUUUGUACUUUGGUCUGUUACUGGGUUAGCUGCUUUUAGAUUUAUGGGUAGUUGUACAUAUUUAUUGUUUAGAUUGUUUACUGGUUAG